AUGUCAGAUUUUUACACACAAAUCCUUAUUAUUUCUACUUUUGUAUUGGUUUUUACAUUAAUAUCUAAAUACACAAAAGAAAAGCUUUACUUACCAGAGUCAUUUGUUUCCCUUAUAUUUGGAGUUUUAAUAGGUAAACAUUUUUUAAAUAUCCUAAAAGUCAAUCCUUAUGGUCUUUUUUCUGUAGCACGAAUGAUAUUAUGUAUUCAAACUAUGAAUGUUGCAUUAACACUUCCAAUGCAUUAUGUAUAUCAUCAUUAUAAGUCAUUAAGUGUAUUAAUUUUAGUAGUAGGCUUUAUAAAAUGUAUAUUUACAUUUAUAUUACUACUGGUUUUUAAAUCUAUAACAUAUCUUCAGUGUUGGCAAUUAGCAGCGGCCUUAACACCAACAGAUCCCAUUUUAUGUUCUAGUAUUAUAAAAAGUAAAUUAAAAAUCCCUACUAGAUUAAGACUUCUAUUACUUGCGGAAAGUGGUAUAAAUGACGGAUUAGGAAUAGUUUUACUAAAUAUACCUAAUAAUACAAUCUUUAGGAAAUUUUUAGCAAAUAUUGUUUACCAAAAGAUUAUGUUAUCUAUUACGUGUGGAAUUGUAUUGGGCAUAUUAGCUAAAAGUCUGUUUAAAUAUUGUUAUAGAAAAGCAUUGGUAGGAAUGGAUUCUUUUAUUAUCCAUACAUUCCUACUAGUAUUAGUUUCAAUAGGUCUUAUGGAAAUAAGCGGCGGAUCAGAAUUUAUAUGUAUAUUUUUUUGUGGUAUACAAUUUUCAUCUGAUGAAUUUUUAUCGAUAGAAUACGACAGAAAUAUGCAAGACACUAUAGAUCAGCUGAUAUCAACAACCUUUUUUGUAAUAUUUGGAUCUACACUAGAUUUUUACUUUUCGUUUAAAGAAUUACUUGUAGGAUUAAUAAUAAUUUGUAUAAGAAGACCUACUAUCUGUUAUUUACUAAAUGGUAUAAUAAAUGAUUUACGUAAUCGUAAAGAAAGCCUUUUUAUAGGGUGGUUUGGCCCUGUUGGCGUAGGGGCUAUUUAUUACAGCAUGAUGGUAGAUCUUAAUUACAAAGAUGGGUUGUAUUAUUACACUAGUAAGAUAGUCUUAUUAAGUGUAUGUUUUCAUGGAAUGACAAUAUUGGUUUAUAAAUUAGUAAAAAAAGUGACUAAUAAUAGAAAUAUAGAUUUUUUUGAUUAA